GGCAAGCAAACUGGCGAUUUAAGCAUCAGAGUUGGCACUCCACCACUUUCACAGCAUGCCACUUGCCACUCUGAUCCCCAACGUCAUCAGCUACAGCGCCAGCAUCAGUGCAUGUGAGAAGGGGGCCAUGUGGCAAGCAGCGCUGGCCUUGUUUCAUCAGAUGCCGAAAGCCAAGAUCCGUCCAAAUCUCCAUGCGCACAAUGCCACAAUCAGCUCCUGUGAGAAGGGUGCCCAAUGGCAUUUGGCUCUGAAGAUAUUUGGUCUGGCUAUUGCCACAGUCACUCCGGAUGUGGUGACAUUUAGCGCCACCAUCAGUGCAUGUGAAAAGGGUCAUCAAUGGAAAGUUUCUCUUCAACUGCUGGCGACGCUUAGCGAAUUCAAGGUUGUGGCUAAUGCGUACACCUACAGCGCAGCCAUCAGCUCGUGUGAGAAGGCUUCACAAUGGCAACGUGCUGGCCACUUGCUCCUCGCUAUGGCCUUGCACGAGGCGCCAGACCUCCACUGCCACAAUGCCAUGCUGAGUUCCUACGAAAAGACCUCCCAGUGGCUGCGGGCCCUGGAAACGUUGCUGGCGUUUCCCUCAGCCAGGAUUGCAGCAGACGUGUACAGCUACAGUGCGGUCAUCAGUGCAUGCGAAAAGGGGGCACAAUGGGACUUUGCCCUACAUUUUUUGCACUCCAUGUCACUUGUCACUGUAAUCCCCAACGUCAUCAGCUACAGCGCCAGCAUCAGUGCAUGUGAGAAGGGGGCCAUGUGGCAAGCAGCGCUGGCCUUGUUUCAUCAGAUGCCGAAAACCAAGAUCCAUCCGAAUCUCCAUGCGCACAAUGCCACAAUCAGCUCCUGUGAGAAGGCGACCCAGUGGCAACAAGCCUUAGCCAUUUUUCAUUCUGCCAAGGUCAGCCCGGAUGUGGUGACCUUCAGUGCAAUGAUGAGUGCAUGUGAGAAGGGAACGCAGUGGCAAUCCGCACUGUCCCUGCUGCAAGAGUGGCGAAGAAAAACCAAGCCCGGCCUCACUGCAAUCAGUUGCAAAGAUAUCCUAACGUCCUAG